CUGGGAGCAGAAAUAUUUUAUCUGUCAGUUUACCGCCGCUAGCUGUGGUGUCUUUGGUUUUCAUCAUUAUCAAGGUAUGGGAGAUAUUGAAGGAGUACUCGAGAAGGCGCAUCAGGAGUAGAAAGUGAAAUUUGUGUUGUUUUUUAAGUAUAUGUGCAAUGGACAUAAAUUCAAUUGGUACUGAUUCAUCAAAACCAACCCACAAGCACUUCUUCUUCUCUUGUCCUGAUAAUCCAGCUGAAACUCUAGCAGUUAUCAUUCCUGAGCAACUCCAUGCAAGUUAUGGCAUGUACACAUGGCCAUGCGCUCCAGUUUUAGCUUGGUAUUUGUGGAGUCAAAGAGUGGGAUUAGUGGGGAAACACGUAAUUGAGUUGGGUGCCGGAACUUCACUUCCAGGAGUAGUUGCAGCUAAGUGUGGAGCCAAUGUUACCUUGAGUGAUUGUUCACGAUUCACCAAAUGCCUUGAAAAUUGUAGAAUAAGUGCUACAACAAAUGGAGUAGGUGAUAAGGUAAACAUAAUUGGACUUACAUGGGGGACAUUUGAACCACAACUUCUAAAACUCCAGCCUGUUGACCUGAUCAUUAGCUCAGACUGUUUCUAUGAUCCAGCUGUUUUUGAGCCAAUUCUAGUGACUGUAUCUUACUUACUGAAUAAGAACCCUUCAGCCAGUUUUGUAUGCUCCUAUAAAGAGAGAAGCUCAGAUUGGAGCUUUGAGCCAUAUUUAUCAAAGUGGAAACUGUGCUGCAGAACUCUAGAAGUGGGUAACAUUGUCUCAAGCUCUGUAGUCGAUGUUGCCGAGUUGACUCAGGAUAACACCAUACAACUCUUCGAAAUCUACCGUGCAUCAUAA